CCAUCUUUGUAUAUCAUCUUUUUCAUUCCUUCUUGUGUGUUCUCUGUUCUAUCAACAAUGCCUGCUCAACUUACACCUCAGAAAAUGAUUCAGGGAGAUGAUUUCGUAGAGCAAAAUACAAUCUCCCAACCACUCUCGCUACGAAGGCUUGAGGAAAAAGUUGCCAUCAUAACAGGCGGCGCCAGAGGGAUUGGAGAAGCCACGGUUCAACUUUUCGUGAAGCACGGCGCGAAAGUUGUCAUUGCUGAUAUUGCCGACGCUGCCGGCAUUGCUUUAGCCAACUCAUUGGCUCCUUCAGCAGUUUAUGUACAUUGUGAUGUAAGCUCAGAGGAGGACAUAGAGAUGUUGAUCAAUAGAACAAUUUCAUUAUACGGUAAACUCGACAUACUGUUCAACAACGCCGGAGUUCUAGGGAACCAGUCCAAGAGGAAAAGCAUUGUUGAUUUCGAUGCAGACGAGUUCGAUCGCGUAAUGCAAGUGAAUAUCAGAGGAGUCGCUCUCGGAAUGAAGCACGCAGCAAAAGUGAUGGUGCAAAAAAGAAGCGGUUGCAUAAUUUCCAUGGCAAGUGUAGCAGGUUGCAUGGGAGGGCUGGGGCCUCAUGCUUACACGGCAUCGAAACAUGCCAUUAUCGGGCUUACAAAGAACACCGCUUGCGAGUUAGGGCGGUAUGGCAUAAGGGUUAACUGCAUAUCUCCCUUUGGGGUGGCCACAUCCAUGCUUAUCAAUGCAUGGAGAAGUAGUGAAGUAGAUCACGAGGAAUGCACGGAUUUGGAAGCGGAGGAGAUGGAGGAAUUUGUGAGAGGGUUAGCCAAUCUAAAGGGUGUAACCCUCAAAGCCAAAGACGUGGCUGAGGCCGCACUUUAUAUGGCUAGUGAAGAAUCAAGGUACAUAAGUGGUCAUAACCUUGUAGUCGAUGGUGGCUUCACCACCUUCAAAAAUUGCGUAGGCUUGUAGAAUCGCCUGCCUAUUUUCAAUUCUUUAGCAUUUAAAUUGUGUGUUAACCAGCGAAUUGUAACAA